AUGGAUUGCUCAGAGGAAGUGGCACCUGUGCGCGACGAGCCCGGCGUCAAAGCGGAGCUGAAAAAGGGAAUGUCCAUUUUUAUUGAUAUUUUACGACGGGCCGACAAGAACGACGACGGCAAGCUGUCCUUGGACGAGUUCAAGGCCUACUUCUCCGACGGCGUCCUGACCCCGGAGGAACUCAAGCAGCUCUUCCACGCCAUCGACACCCACCACACGGACAACGUGGACACAGAUGAACUCUGCGAGUACUUCUCCCAGCACCUCGGGGAAUACAAGAACGUCCUGGCCGCUUUGGAAGACCUCAACGUGUCCGUCCUGAAGGCCAUGGACAAGACCAAGAAGGAUUAUCAGGAGUCCACCCACCUGGAACAGUUCGUGACUCGCUUCCUGCUGAAGGAGACGACCAAUCAGCUGCAGUCGCUCCAGAGCUCGCUGGAGUGCGCCAUGGAGACCACGGCGGAGCAGACGCGGCGGGAAAAGCAAGGUCCAGCCAAGCCGGAGGUUCUGUCAAUCCAGUGGUCGGGCCGUCGCUCCAACCGGAGACUCCAGCGGAACAACAGCCUGUCCCCCAACAACCCCAUCAUGAGUCUCGUCAACUCCGGUGUUUAUGAGGAGGAAAACCACUGGACGGUUCAAGUCAACAGGCUGCAGAAACUCAUCGACCGCCUGGAACAGAAGGAGAUCCGUCUGGAGCCCGUCGAGGACGACGUCCCGGAGAGCAAGCUGCACAUUCUGAUCGUGCAGCGGCAGCUCACCGUGCUGGAGGACGAGCUGGAGGAAUUCCGCGCGGCGCUCAGACACUACAUGGACGCCGCCAGCACGCAGACCGGAUGCCUACACGUGGCCCUUCAGCGGCUGGCUAACGAGUCGCGCUUCAUCCUGUACGAAUUCUGGGAGCACAACAGCGUGUGGAAGAAUCACCUGCAGAGCAACUACAGCAAAAGCUUCCAGAGGGCCAACGUGGACUUCCUGGAGACGCCCGAGACCGUCACCACCAUGCUGCUCCCCGCUUCGUGGUGGGUCCUCAACAACAACUGAGAGCAGCGCGUCACUCACAAACGACGCACAAACACGCGCGCACGCAGUUUAUGACGUCAUAGCGAUUAGCAUAAUUGAUUACUUCCACGGCUUCUUCUUUGUAUGAAAUAAGUAGCUGCAUUUCAUCCACUGUGUGUGUGUUUGUGUGACAUACUGAUGAUAUCUUUAAAAAAAAAAAAAAAAGUCACGACCUCCUGACGUCCUACUGAGCUGACGUCAUCGCACCUGUUUCAGACAGUGUAGCAGCACAUAAUUAUUAUACAUGAAAUAAAUUAUUACAAUACUC